GCUUCUCAGAGAUCAAUCACACAUCACCGUGGAGGAUUGACGAUUCAUAUCUUUGAAAGUCCGAUUUGGGAUGCCAAGAGCUGCAGUGAGUGUCUCGGACUUCGACUUCAAAAUGCGCAACGUCCCCGCACCACGCAUUGAGGACUCUUUCUCAUGCAAGACUUGGAGGACGCUCACCGCCCUGUACAGUCUAGCCUGACGUGGCUGCCACAGUUCCGUUGUUCCGCAGUUUGCUCUGUCCCAGACUUCAAACCAUGACCUUAAGGAAAUCAAAGUUGAAAUACACGGCCGUCACGGGGUUCUUCGAGCACGAUACGCAACCAGGCCCGCCAUUUCUGGCCACAACCUUACCAGGGCUUGGGUUGAUCGACCGGGUAUAUGAGACGGAUGGUAAAUUCGAUCCCCAGCGCCAGAAGGCAGCCUGGGAGCGGUUCGCGCGCUACCUUGACCAUUUGAACAGGCCAGGCAGCCGGGCUGUGUACAAGCUUCUAUAUGCGGCUCGUCACGGCCAGGGCUACCACAACGUCAUGGAGGCAGAGAUCGGGACGGUUUUGUGGGAGUCACACUGGGCAAAACUAGUUGGCAACGAGAAUAUGACCUGGGCAGACGCUCGUCUGACCGCAGUCGGCAUACGCCAGGCCGAGGACAUGAAAGCCUUCUGGGCAGACGCCGCCGUCAACCUAAAACUACCAUUGCCCUACCGGCACUACGCAAGCCCCCUUGCCCGCUGCCUGGAGACCUGCGAGAGAGCUUUUGCAGACCUAAAGCUGCCAUGCGCCGCCGGCGAGGUACCGCCAUUCGAACCUCGCGUCAAGGAGCUCCUUCGGGAGCGACUGGGAAUCCAUACGUGCGACCGCCGUCACACCCGGUCUUGGAUACGAACCAACUUUCCGCAAUUCUCGCUCGAGCCCGGCUUUGCAGAGGAGGAUGAGCUGUGGUGUCUUGAUGUGCGUGAGACGCCGGAGGAACAUGCGGAUCGGGUCGAGGCCUUCCUGGAUGACGUGUUCUCGCACGACGUUGUGCCCAUCAUCUCGGUCACCGCCCACUGUGGGACGUUUGAGGUGUUGUGUCAUCUGAUCGGCCAUCCCACGGUCAAGUCCGCGCCGGGGUCUAUUGUUCCGUUUCUAAUCAAGGCUGAGGCUGUUCUUGACGAGGAAAGCGUUGACGGGACUGCUAGCGCUUAGCAGAUCUGCUGCUUAUUUUGGAAGACACGCGGAACAUUCUAGUUGAAGUCCGUGACCACCCGUUUGUAUUCUAGCAAAUUUACCCGUCACUCAGAUCAAGAACUUGUCUCUACUACCCUAAGUUCGACGGUCAGACAGGGUAGAGAAUCAACCCUCAAGCGUUAAGUCACCG